AUGAUGAUAGCAAUACUGGAAAUAACCAAUCAAAUUUUGGUCUCAAAUUUACUCUUCUACUGCGCAUUCUCAGGAAUGCGUCUUCUUAUACAAUAUUAUGGUUGAAUCAGUUGAAUCAGUUGAGAGAUUUGUGAUCAUCGACAGCCAAUUAGUAUCUUCGACAGGUUAGGUCGGUCGAGGAAUUGAAAUAGCGGCUUGAAAUCAACCUAAAAAGAAAAAAAUUAUAAACACAAAUAAACAAAUCCAAUUCUAUCACAGUUUUUCUCUAGUCUUUCGAAUAUUUUUAAGCAUUUUACAAUAUUCUUCUUGAUUAAAGUUUAUGGUAUAUUUAUGUAUAACUUCGUAAGAUUUUUCAUUAUUAGGUGCAAUGAAUCCUUUGACUAACGUCAAAAAUAUAAAGAAGCUCAACGAACAAGAAUUACAAGGGAAGAACAAAUCAUCUUGGCACGACCAGUAUAAAGAUAGUGCUUGGAUUUUUGUCGGUGGCCUUCCAUAUAAUUUAACGGAAGGUGAUGUUAUUGCCAUUUUCUCUCAAUAUGGGGAAGUAGUUAAUAUAAACUUAAUCAGAGAUAAAGAUACUGGAAAGCAAAAGGGUUAUGGUUUCUUAUGUUAUGAAGAUCAGAGGAGCACCAUAUUAGCAGUCGACAAUUUCAAUGGCAUAAAGAUAUUAGGUAGAGUAAUACGGGUAGAUCACGUUUCUAAUUAUAAAGCACCUAAAGAUUCAAAAAAUAUAGACGAAGAAACAAGAAAUUUACGGAAAGAAGGUUGUGCUCCAAAAAAAGGUUGAAGGUGUAUACAACAUAUCAAUAAUUCCAGAAAUACUGUUUUAAUUGUAAUAUUAUGAACAGAUUUACAUUUAGACUUAAUGGAAUAUAUUAUUGACUAUAAAAGUUA